UAUGUGGAUGUCAUUGUCAUUUGUCUGUGAUUAUCAUUUUAAUUUGUCAUACUGGAAUUGAAUGAUUAUUUUAUACAAGAAAGAACAAGAAAAGCUAGCUUGUUCUGCAAAAUAACACUUUCUAUUAGUUAUGAUUUAGCUUGUUAUUAUUAGAAUUAUCUUUUAUAAAGCGAAAUAAAGCCUACAUCAAAAUUCCACCAGCGUCGGUACCGGACGGAUCAUCUCUCCGAGCUACUAGUUGGCUGUCGGAGAUGCUGGCGGCGUGCGAGGCCGGCGAGGUGUUCGCGCUGCUGGAGUCGCGCGACGCCGCCGACGCCGUGGGCGCGCUGUACGGCGCCGUGCGCGAGCCCUGGCUCACGCGUGCGCUGCUGCUCUACCACUCUCGCACCGGCGCUGCGCGUGCACUCGAUCUGCUCGCCCGCGCGCCCGAACCUCACGCGCGCCAUCUGCUCGACGCCCUGCUAGAGCAGAUGCGCGGCGAGCGCGCCCAGCGACACCACGCCCUCGCCGCGCUCGCCCCGCUCGUCGCACGCCGUCCCGCCUGGCUCCACCGCCUGCCCGCCCACCCGCUCGCGUCUGCGCUACUGCGCGCUGCUCGGCUCGAGCGCGACCCUCUGCCGCUGCUGCACGCGCUGCUCACCCUGGCCGCCCUCCUGCACGCCGCCCCCGCGCUCGCCGCGCCCCACUGGCCCGACCUCGCCGACGCCCUGCUGCGCCCCGCCGCGCUCGACCCUCCGCCCUCGCCCGCCGCUCGCGCGCAUCUCCAGCUCGCCCAGCUCGCGCUCUUCCACGCCCUCUACGCCACCCACCCCUGCACGUUGCUGGAGACGCUCCGCGGCGAAUGCGCCGGCCCGCCCGCGCGAGACUGGUGGGAGCGCGGCCUGGCGCCGCUGCUGCACUCCGUGCGUCUGCAUCCCGCCCUCGUCACCGGCUCGCGGCAGCGCGAGGCCGACACCACGCGCUGGGCCCGCCACGACAUCCACGACGUCGUCGCCGAGAGUCGCCGUCUGUCGAUACAGCCCCGCGACCGCACCGAGGAGCGCGCCGCCUCCGCCUCCUGCGCGCCCACGCCCGCCCCGCCGCCCGCCUCCCCACUGCCCGGCUCGGUGGCGCACGCGGCGCGCUCCGCCUCCUCCCUGCGUCCCGGCACCGAGCCCUGGUUCGCGCUGGCCGACCGCUGCGGCGCCGACUCCGCCCCGCACACGCCGCUCCCCGCAGAGCCGGAGGCGGUCGAGCCGCCGGAGGCCGCCGUCGAGGCUACGCCGGAGAACACGCCCGCGAAGGAAACUCGCGCACAGUUCCGCUUUCCGACCGAGUCUGCGGCGGUGCGCGCCAUCGGCCGCCGCUCCCAGCCGCCCUCGCCGAUGCGCAAGGAGACCUCCCCGCCCGGCGACGCGUUCGCCAGUCGCCUCAGCCGAGUGGCGCUCGAACGGAGGGCCGUGGAGUCGCCGGUCCCGUUCGGCGGGGCUCCGCCCCCGGCGGUGGCGCGCCCCGAGCCCAGCCGCGCCGCGCCCGCGCUCGACGGCGAACCGCUCAACGUGGAGGACCGCGAGGUGCUGGAGCUGACGGCCCGCGCCCGCGCCGAGGACGCGUGGCCCGACGCCGAGGCCGCGGAGCCGCGGACGCGAGACCCGCGCCGCUUGGCCGCGCCGCUCGCCGCGCUGCGGGCCCCGCGCCGCCGCGCCGCUCCCCCGCCCCGCCGCGCCGCCUCCUGCACCCCGCGCAUCCCCGCCGCCCGCACCGCCGCCGUCGCCGUGCAGACUGUAGACACCUGGCCAGCACCAUACGAGUUCCUCAUAGGAGACUUUUAUCGUAACCUGACAGGCGAUGGCAGGAAACAGACCGCACCGGAGACGGUGUCGCCGUGCGAGCGGCUGGACAAGUACCUCGCGGAUCUGUACGCGGGCCGGCCGCCGCGCGCCGACAGCGAGCUGGCCGAACAGCUGGCCCUCGCGCACGCCCAGCUCCUGCACGAGCGCUGGCGGCGCGAGGCCCACGCCGAGCGCAACCGCCGCCUGCUCGGCCGCUGUCGCCAGGCGCGCGCGCUCGAGCUGCAGAACGCCGCGUUGCGCGACCAGCUGCGCGCCGCACACCUCGAGCGCGACGAGCUGCGCGCGCGUCUGCGCGACACGCCCGCGCUCUCCGCGCACGCCGCCGCAGCCGCCGCCGCCGGCGAGCGCGAGGCCCAGCUGCAGGCCGCGCUCGCCGACCAGACCGCCGCCAGACUGCGCGCCGAGGCCGCGCUGCACGAGGCGGAGGAGCGCCGCGCCCUCGACGUCGCCGAGCUCCAGCGCACCCGGGGCGAGUCCUUCGAGGCGGCGCGACACGUCGAGAUGCUCGCGCGCACCGCGCUGGCCGCCGAGCGCCGCGCUGAGCAUGUACGUCGUCUGCGUCGCGAGCUGCUCGUGCUCGCCGAGCGCGAGGCGCGGCUGAGCGAGGCGGCGCGCGCGGCCAUCGGCGCCACGGGCGGGGCGGUCGCCGAGCGCAACGCCAGCGAGGAGCGAGCACUGCGCGCCGCACUCGCCCGCGCCGAGGCCGAGGCGGACACGAACGCGGCGCGCGCGGAGGCGGCGAUCGCGCGCGCCCACGAGCUGGAGACGACGCUGAGCGCGCGGGACGCCGCACUGGCCGAGCUGCGCCGCGCGCUGAGACACGCGGGAGAGGAGCACGCGGCCCGCCAGUGCGCGCUGCAGGACAAGUACGCGGCGCUGCUGUGCAUCGUGCGCACGGCGGAGUCGCGCAAGCUGGAGCUGCUGGCGGGCGAGCCGGGCGGCGCGGCGCGGGGCGGGCCGCAGGCGGGCGGUGCGGGAGGCCCGCUGGCCGCGCGGCCCGCACUCGCGGACUGCAACCGCGUGCGCCGGCUACUGUGCGAGGAGGAGGAGGCGAGUCUGGAGCGCAGCUAA